AUGUCGGUCGCGACGACCGACGAGGCGUCCGUGCGCGCGCGAACCGCGCCCGCGGGCCUCGGCUCCACGUUCACGACGUGGCUCCUCAAGGAAGAGAUCGGCGGCCGCGUCGACGGCGAGCUCGCGAUCGUGCUCUCCUCCGUCGCGCUCGCGUGCAAGCAGAUCGCGAGCCGCGUCCAGCGCGCGCCCGUCGCGGGCGACACGGGGCUCGCGGGAGACGUGAACGUCCAGGGCGAGGACCAGAAAAAGCUCGACGUGGUCGCGAACGAGAUUUUUUGCGACGUCCUCAGAACGUCCGGCCGCACCGGCGUGAUCGCGUCCGAGGAGGAGGACGUCCCCGUCGCGGUCGAGGAGACGUACGCGGGGAACUACGUCGUCGUGUUCGACCCUCUGGACGGGUCCUCGAACUUGGACGCCGCCGUCAGCACCGGAUCCAUCUUCGGCGUGUACGACAGCGACGAGCAGUGCGUCCCGGAUUUCGACGCCGAGGACGACGCGGCUGUGGAGGAAAAGUGCAUCGCCAACGUGUGCCAGGCGCGUCCUCUUCAUCUUCAUUCACACCGCGGCAACAACCUCCAAGCCGCGGGCUACUGCAUGUACUCCUCGUCCACGAUGCUCGUGCUCACCGUCGGCGACGGCGUGUACAUGUUCACGCUGGACGCGUCAAUCGGCGAAUUCGUGAUGUCGCACGAGAGAGUGCGGAUCCCCGAGCGCGGACGCAUCUAUUCCUUCAACGAAGGCAACGCGAAGGCGCGUUCUAUCUCACACUGCGAGGGGUUGAAGCGGUACGCGGACGAUCUCCGCGCGGGCGGGAUCGAUCAGAACGGCAAGCCGUACAGCGCGCGAUACAUCGGGUCGCUCGUGGGCGAUUUUCACAGGACGCUGCUGUACGGCGGCAUCUACGGGUACCCAGGAGACGCGAAGAAUCCAAACGGGAAGCUGCGACUGCUGUACGAGUGCGCGCCGAUGAGUUUCAUCGCGGAGCAGGCGGGCGGCAUGGGGAGCACCGGAACCGGGAGGGUCAUGGACGUGGAGCCGAGCGAGGUGCACCAGCGCGUGCCGUUCUACGUCGGGAGCGCGAAGGAGGUGCAGUACCUCGAGUCGUUCUUAGCGUGA